AAAAUAUACAGCUCCUUAAUGGCGCGCAAAGUUGACUGUCAACUAUUGGCGAAAGCUUAACUUUGAAUGAAGCGAGAAUUGGCAUUAAUUAAUUCGUUCUCCAAGUAAUCGCAAGUCCGUUGUAACAAGGGGUUAAAUUUCAGCGUUCACGCGGCCAGCCAUCAUCUUCCACUCAUCUUCUUCAUCUGGAACAGCACAUGCAAGCUGAAAUCACAGUCAAACGAUGGUAGAGAAAAAACUGCAGACACCCGAAGAGUGAAUAUGGCAUUAGCCUGGUUGUGCGGAGUGCGGACCACGUGGUAACAAAUGCAGUUAACAGCUCAUCAAAAUCUAUUUGUGCCACGAAAAUUGAAAAAGUCCUUUGCUCUAUCUUACGAGCAAUUGUGUAAGGGGAAUUGCCAUUAAGGCGGAAACGGAAAGGUAACAAAUCUUUGGGAGUGGGUCCAGAUGUAGUCUACUCACACGGUACCCAGGAACUGCGCAAUGAGUAAAGUAACGAUUAUAAGCGCAUAUACUUCAAUGCUUCUGCUACUUUCUAAUUGCGAUAUAUCGACGCCUGUCGCGUUGCCGCUACAAAAACCUGCCAGCAGGAAACCGUUGCCUGGUAACGCACCAGGCUUUCCUUCAACUAGCAACGUCCAAUCAAACACCAUCAAUGCACAGGGCAGUUCUUCACCUCUUAAUACAGCGCAAAACGCUGCUCCUCAGAAUGCCGCACCGUUUGUAUCGUCGGCGGCGGGUAACGUGAGUCAUGGCACAGGGAACAUUAGGAUAAGUGCGGCUCCGGUGGAACAACUACCAGCAGAACUCUCACGACCGGUCCCGUUCCCUGUGCAGCAACCCAGCCAAUCCGCUGCGGUGACACAGACACCGCCCUAUCACACCACGUGGUGCGGCAUGAAGUACGAAAUCCCAUUCCAGGUUUUCUCAGGGCUUGAACAUUUGGGUCCUGCCGAUUUCGUCUGUUGCUCGCCAGUAACGUGUCCUCAAAAUGGUCAAGCGUGCCAGUGUUAUUGGUACUGCUUCUGUAAUCUUCCCACACCAUCGUCAGCUGGGACAACACCACCAUCUCCGGGAGAGCCCACGUUUAAGCCGCCACCGAUUCAAGAGGUUCAGGUCACAUCGUCUCUCGUCACGCGCCCAUAUCCGGAAAUCUUGCCACAACCGGUGCCCUCCUCGGGUUGUAAAACCACUACACCACUGAGCGUUCGGACUCCGAACUUUUUUCAAACAUCUUAUGGUAUUUGUGAUGAGUCUUCCUUUAGCAAAGGGACAUUUAUGAUUAUUAGGGAUAGAAAACAAAAGGAGGUAGCGUUUCUUGUAAAAAAUGGACAGUUUAUAUCCCCAGAAAGGUUUCCAAAGAAAGGGAUUUCAGCAGCCUCGGCGACGGCUAAAACCACCGCUUUAAGUUUUGGAAUGGACACUGACAGGAACCGGGCAUGCCCAGGGGUUCUAUUCUACACAACCCCCACCGACAGAAGGACGUUUUAUUAUGGUAGUUUUCCUGUUCUCAUGGAGCCAGCGACGAUAGACGAUCAA